GAGCCGUAAAAAGUACCAUCUUGACUUUGUUAAGUCUUCGAUUUGUGUGGCUCACUCAAGAUGGCUACUGACACGGUGGACAAGACGGAAAAGCUCGAUCUCGAGCAGACGCCGACUCUGGGUGUUGCGGAAAAGGGCGAAGUCAUUCAGCUUGAUGCCGAUGAGGCACUUAAUGCUGUUGCUGGUCUGGAUACGGCCGCUUUGCGGCUUGACGAGGAGACGGAGCGGCGGCUGCUGCGCAAGAUUGACUGGAACCUCAUGCCUCUCAUGUGUAUUGUCUAUGGCCUCAACUAUCUUGACAAAACAACACUGUCGUAUGCGAGCAUCAUGGGCCUGAAAGAAGACCUCAAGCUCAAGGGCGACAACUACCAAUGGCUGUCAAGCCUGUUUUACUUUGGAUACCUGGGCUGGGAGUUUCCCACGAAUCGUCUGUUACAGCGUCUUCCUCUCGCCAAGUACUCCGCCUUCAACAUCAUCAUGUGGGGAAUCGUCCUGUCCCUCUUUGCUGUCACGGAGAACUUUGGAGGAGCUGUUGUCAUUCGACUCUUCUUGGGUAUCUUUGAGGCAGCUGUGACGCCAGGUUUCGCUCUGUUUGUAUCCCAGUGGUACACUAAGAAAGAGCAAGGCUUCAGAACGGGUAUAUGGUUCAGCUUCAACGGAUGGGCCCAGAUCUUUGGCGGCUUGGUAGCGUACGGCUUCGCCCACGGCGCCUCGACUUAUGGCUUCUCCAUCGCCCCGUGGAAAGCAAUUUUCGUUUUCACAGGCGUCUUGACAAGCACCAUCGGCAUCAUCUUCCUCUUCAUCAUGCCGGACAAUCAGCUCAACGCAAGAUUCCUCACCAAGGAAGAACGCUUGCUAGCCAUUCACCGCAUCAAGGUCAACGAGCAAGGCAUUGGAAACAAGCACUUCAAGUGGUAUCAGGUCAAGGAAGCCCUUACCGAUCCCGCCAUCUGGGGGUUCGUCUUCUAUGCGCUGGUUGCGGAUAUUCCCAAUGGCGGCAUUUCCAACUUCUUCAGCCAGCUGAUUGUCUCCUUUGGGUAUACGCCGCAGCAGAGUCUGCUAUAUGGAACGCCUGGUGGAGGGGUGGAGGUUGUCGCUCUGCUGCUCUGCGGAUACUUGGGUGAUCGCAUGGGGAGUCGAAUCUUGGUGUGCAUGUCUGGACUUGUGGUGGCCAUGGUUGGGGUGAUUAUGAUUGUCGCUAUACCGUUGGACAAGCCUGCCGGUCGACUGGCUGGCUACUAUCUCACACAGGCGAGCCCGACCCCGUUUGUUGCGCUCUUGUCAUUGAUCUCUACCAAUGUGGCUGGAUGGACCAAAAAGACGACAGUAGCAGCAAUGUAUCUGGUUGCAUACUGUGUUGGAAACAUCAUCGGGCCACAGACUUUCCGUCCGGAAGAUGCACCAGAGUAUCGACCGGCUGAAAUAACCAUCUUGGUCUGCUGGGGCGCUUGCCUGAUCGAUCUUGCUUUCAUCUGGUGGUACUACCGCCGGCAGAACCUCAAGAAGAGCCUUAUUCGGGCGGAUCCGUCUUAUACCAAGGUUGAGAACCAGGAGUUUCUCGAUAUGACGGACAAGGAGAAUGCAGAGUUUCAAUACUCUCUGUGACGGAGUAGGAGAAAAAGAAGAAGUGUACAUGUAUCAUGGGAACAAAGAACAGAACACAAUACGUAUCAAUACUUC